AUGAAGCCCUCAGAUGUCCAAGUCGAAGCCACACAGCUUCCUGCUGCCGCAAAGUGUCCCAUAUGUGGAACCAGUUUUGCGAGGUUAUCGAACUCGGACGCGAACGCUCAUGUCAAUCGCUGCCUCGAUGGUGAUCCGAUGCCCCCUCCCGCAACGCCCAAAACAUCCCGCAUCACUUACACUCUACCACCCACUUCAGAGACAUCAAAUCCGCAUGCGCCCCUCAAGUUUCAGACUUCCAAUAAACAAGCAUCCGCAUUUACGAAGAUCAUGUCCAACAAUACCAAAGAGCACGCCUGGGCAUCCGCUGCUAAAACUGAAGCGGAAUCGAAGGGCAAGAGGGCGAUUGAGCGUACCUGUCCUUUCUACAAGAUCCUCUUCAACGGACCAAUUACCGUCGACGCAUUUCGGUACGGCAAGAUUCCCGGCUGCAACGCUUAUUUCCUCUCGCACUUUCAUUCGGAUCACUAUGUCGGCCUUUCUUCCACCUGGCAACAUGGUCCUAUCUACUGCUCCCGGGUCACCGCAAAUCUAGUGCGCUCGAGACUGAAGGUCGAUCCGCAGUGGGUUGUCGAACUCCCAUGGGAAGAGUGGCUUGAAGUGCCAGGAGUCGAUGGGGUGAGAGUCCGAGGUCUCGACGCCAACCAUUGUCCUGGGAGUAUGCUCUUCCUAUUUGAGAAUCUUAAAGGCAAAAAGCCGAUCAGGGUCUUGCAUUGCGGAGAUUUCCGGGCAGAACCGAAACACCUCGACCACCCGCUUCUCCGCCCUGGAAAGAACCGCACACAGAAGAUUGAUACAGUGUAUCUCGACACCACCUACCUCGAUCCCAAGUACGCGUUUCCAACCCAGAAGAACGUUAUCGAUGCGUGUGCCGAAAUGUGUGUCCUCCUCGACAGCGACCAGGUACCCGAUAUGAAGGACUCUGGGAGCCUAGCCAACUUUGUUACGAAAGCUACUGAGAUCAAGAAGGAGUCUGAAGCCACGCGGUCGAAGCGUCGGCUCUUGAUCAUGGUGGGAACGUACUCCAUCGGCAAGGAACGAAUUGCCACCGGCAUCGCUCAUGCGCUCAACUCCAAAAUUUACGCACCACCAAACAAGCUCUUUACUCUCCAACAGCUCGAAGACCCCACCCUCACACGCCUCCUAACCUCUGACCCAUCAGCCGCACAAGUGCACCUAACACCUCUCGGCUCCGUCGACCCAACAACGCUAUCCACAUACCUCUCUCAGCACCCCUCCUUCGCACGCAUCGUUGCCUUCCGUCCCUCAGGCUGGAGCUACAAACCGCCCACCUCGCGCCUUACCACAUCUCCCAAACUCGAUGACGUAUUAUUCUCACCCACCUGGAAGAGCGCGUAUUCAAUCAAGGAUAUGGCGCCUGUCCGAGGCGGCAGCGAUAAAGUUCGCUGUUACGGAGUGCCAUACAGUGAACACAGCAGCUUCCGGGAACUAUGCAUGUUCUGCUGUGCGUUGGAUAUUGGAAGAAUAAUCCCCACCGUCAAUGUGGGCUCUAAGAAGGCCCGCGAGCGGAUGGAGGGAUGGAUUCAGAAGUGGGAUACCGCGAGGAAAAGGGGAUUGUUUUCGCUUGGAGAGGGAGGAGGAGGAGAAAGCUGGUAG